AUGGAGCCUCUCGAGGCUCCACUUCGAGAGUUUUGGAAUCUGCAGGCUUUCUUGGGGAAGUCGGGGGCUAGCCGUGCCACUGCAGGUGCAGGCAUGCUCGUAGAUGCUGCUGCCGAGGAUGCGAUUGAGGACCCCAAUGGCCCCGAUGCUGAGGGAGGUGCUGCUCUUGUGCAGGUGAACCCCGCCGAGCUUGCAGAACAUGCUCAUGCAUCUGCGCGGGCCAAGAGAUUCGAUCUUGCCGUUAGGGAUGCCAACGUUUGGGAUUACAUGUCCAUGCUUCGUGCUUUGAUGAAAAUUCCUGAUGAGCUGCUGCAGUGGUUCCAGACAUGUCCUUGUCACGUCUCGGGGGUACAUCCUGAGCAUCCUUUGUCAGGUCACUCUUGUGUCCUGAAAGGCAGACGAGGACCAGAGAUGGCAUGUGGCUUCCUACAGCAGUUCGUGGGCAGCAAGUUGGACUGUGCCGACAGAUUGUUUGCUCCACAAUCAACUCUGUUCAACGAAUAUGUUGCUGGGUUGCAGCAUCUCAGCUUCAUGUUGCAACUAAAGUUUGCCCAUUGGACUUGUUUGCCAUACUCCUUGCUAGGGCUGGCCCAUCCUAAUGAGAGUCAGGCGCGAGCCGCCGCUCGCCGUAUUCUUGCUGAGUGGGAGAACAUGCCCGAUGAUGCCAAACAAGGGGCCCAUGUGCUUUGCAAGUCUUUCUUGUCUGAGAGUGGUCGCAUCAGGAGUUCGAUUUUGUGUUUUGUUCAGGGAGCUUCCAGAAAUGAUGUACGUUGCCUCCCUUGGUGCUCGCAAAUUGCACGCUUGGCUUUCCUUCCGUUGUUGGAGAGAAGCAUCGAGGGUCGUCAUGCUGUCGUGAAACGAGCUACUGAUCGAGCCGCUCACCAUUCCGGUGCUUAUGUGUCCAGUGCUCUUCGUUUGCCAGCUCUCUUGAAACAAGUGCAGAAGCAACCUGAAAUUUUGUUGCAGUUGGCGAAUAGUUUCAGCAAGGUCAGACUCCCGUUUUUUGUGUUGACCCAUCUUGGUCUUCAGAAGUCUCCGGCUGUCUUGAAGUUGCAAGAUCUUCCUGAUGAUCAAAGAAAGAAUGCGAUGAGAUCUUUUGGCUUUGCUGACCGAGUGAUGUUCAGACUGGAUGCGGCUUCGCAGUACACAGACUGGGAGGAUGUUUUCCUGGUUCCAGGCAGAAAAAAACGCAAUCCAAACAGGCUGCCGCUGCAUGACGCAGCUUCCAACGAGCUCCAGCGGCAUUUGGCUUUGGAACACUUCCGUGCAGUCUGCUCUGACAAAUCAUUUAGUGCUUCCUACUAUGCUGCUGUUCUCCCUCUUGCUGCCGAUGCCGGGGGAGCGGAAAGUGAGUUUCCAUUUCGUGAAAUGUGCACGGCCUUGUCAGCAGCACCGGGUGUGGAUGCAGUCAUGGACGGUUCUGGAGAGAUUGCUUGUUUUGAACCUGACACAAGUGCCGAGACCCCUGCUGGGUCAUUCUUGCAGCAGCGUGUUUCUCAGGAUUUGACUUCGGAAGAAGCAGAGAGGGAUCAUCGUUGUGUCUUGUUCAAGGUGCAGCAUUGGAGACCUAGCCUUUUGAAACAGGUCAAGGGAGCGUGCAUGACGUCUUUGCAAGCAGCAGAUUUGGCGGUCACGUUGUAUCCUUUGUCGGAUGUAGUUGCCACUGAGUCAGAAAAAGUCUUGGGCACGACAGGUGUUCCUCGUGGCUCCGGCGAGUCCCUCACAAGGGCCACAGCGCUUGUAAAUGAGGCUCUAUUUCGAUACAAAGUCUUCCGGUUCCAAGAUGCUUCUGAUGUGCACUUCACUUGGCAGGGCCAGCUGCUGCCGGGCUUAAACAAUGAAGCUAUGGACAAAGUUGUCACAGAUCUCAUGUGUGCAGAUGCAACUCCAGAGUCCGGUCGGGUCUUUUCUCUGCCUCCUCCCAGACGUUCUCACAAGAAACAAGCAGGUGCUGCAGAUGGGGUCUUGAAGCAGAUGACUGAGCGGGGUUGGCUUGUAUUUACCGGUGCAGGUUGGGCUCUGUCAGUGGAAGGGAUGCGCUGGGUGAAGCCUCGAGUUGCCCUCGCAAAGCCAGUUUCUGUCCUGCAACUGCGAAUGCUGGACAGCAGAGCUGAGUGGACGAGGUUCGAGUGCAUGCAAUUCCUGCUUGACCAAGGCUGGGUAGCUCUCCUUUUUCCUGCCAAGGCAAAACGAGGUCGGCCGCUCACUCUCCAGUUGGCCAUGCCUGAAGAGGAUGUCGACCUUGCCCCCGAGGACGGCAGUCGGCUAGGGUGCACGUGGUACUUCAAGGCAUCUGCUCCGAUGGUCUCGAGAGACUAUCUUCAGGCAAUGGUCGCAGUCCAGGAACAUCGUCAGGACUUGUUGGCUCUUGGCCUUGAGCAUGUUCGGCAUGAUGCACCAGUGAAAUAUUUUCAGUGUUUGAUUAGAUUGUCCCUGGGGCUCGACACUUUGGAGAACUUGAAAGCCCUGGAACCCACUGCGAAACGAAAGCGUGUGACAGCUUUUGACUCUCAGUUCGAAGCCCUUGAGCCUGUGCCAGACCAACCCUGUGUUGCAUUGCAAGACUCAGCGGCUGCCGCUGCCGUUGAACAUGAAGCAUCCAGCCCAGACGGGGUGGCUUCGCAGCAUGAGGUUGGUGGGCCACCUGGUGGGGGUGCUCUAGACGAUGACGACAUGGACGAACUAAUGGGUUUUUUUGACGACGAUGUCUUUGAAGAGCCUGAGCCUGCUGCUGUGAGCAGUGCAGCAGACAUUUUGUCUCCGGCUUACAAUGAAGAUGCACCUCGUCAUGCUGAGGAGGUGGGAGGUCCCGAUGCCUUGGUCCCUCCCCCGCCACCCCCGUCAGCCGCCGCCAAAGCCGCGCCGGCCAGAGGCAAGGAGCGAAGCAGACACGAGAAGACGCAUUCUUGGGGUGCAUUUCUGAUCACGUACAAGGUUCAAUCCGCCGGCACUGCUAAGGAAUCUCAUGCUUGGCAGGCUACAUGUCCUAAGCCGGAACACAAUCCGAACAAGCGAACAAAGUGCACCAAAACCAUGUCGUUCAAGGCUGGGGACCGUGCAGCAGAGCUGAGCACGCUUUGGAGGGUGCGGCAUUGGUGUAACAGCUGUCAUCUCUUCGAUGACAAAAUUGAGCACCAGGCAUAUCAUCCCCAGCUAGAGGAGCUGCCAGAGGAGAGUGCCAUAGAAUCGUGCAGGGUGGAUGAUUUCUUGCCGGCGGCGGCAGUCCCAGCUGCCGCACCUGCCGCGGCUGCACCGGGCGCAGCAGAGUCUUCGCAUGCUCCUGACGUGUCGGAUUCAGAGUCGGCGUCAUCGUCUGAUUCGUCUUCGUCGUCGUCCUCAUCUUCUAGCUAG